GCCCCGGCCCCUGCGCGCCCUAGCUUGAGGGACAGCCAGGGCGACCGGAGGGCUCCGCUGGGGAGGGGCGGCUUCAGCCCCGGCCGGACUCUUCUCUCCCCUUUCCUCUCCACCCCUCCUCCCCAAGUUCCCUCUAGCUCCUUGACGCGUGGCCUCUCUCCCCGAGGGCAGGAGGUGAAGAACCUCCUUGCCCCUAGCAGCUCGCCAGCCUACCAGUCCCAAGCUUCCCGCCAGCCCACUGGCCCCCGGGCAGUGGGUGCCGGAGGGGUGGGGCGGCGGCGGCGAAGCCAUGGAGAGCCCCGUGGAGAACCCUAGCAAGGCGGCGGAGUAUCUGAAGGAGCUGAACCGAAUCAUCGAGGCGCAGCAGGAGCUGCUGGAGCGGCAGAGGCGGCGGAUCGAGGAGCUGGAGCAGCAAGUGGCGCGGCUGUACCGGGAAAACGCCUGCCUGCAGGACGAGCACCAGCGGCACCUGGCCUCCUGCCGCCUCGGGGCCACUGCACAGCCCGGACCCCCUUCAGCGCACCCUCCUGCGCCGCCUCUCGGGGCCAUCCUGGAGAACGUCCGUCACGAAAAGUCUGAAGGAGAAGGCUCUCGGAGUGUCAGAUCACGGUGGCACCAUGUCUCUAACUGCCAUGAUAUGGAAGGGAUACCUGUAGUCGGUUAUGAUAACCAUAUAAGAGUGACCUCUACCCUACCUCCGGUCUAUCAUAACAAGACAGAAAAAGAGCAAGAGAGAGAAGGGGAAAAAAAACACCCCCCAUACAGGAUGGCUUGUAGAAGGUGUUACUUGUGAGUAUGCUUCUUCUCUGAGCUGGGAGCCCAGCACCUGGGAGGAAUACUGUGGAUUAUCAGGGGGAGAAGGGGUUGGAGGCAUAAUAUGGGCAAAGCAAUGUGAUGUUUCAGGGU